AUGUCUAGAAUUAGAAUUAACAUAGUUACUCCAAGGCCGCAUCUGGAGUCUGUGUCUUUGCUAGAUUUAGAUGCCUACAAUAGUGGUGAGGUAACAAAUCCAGGUAAGUACUAUGACCAAUUGAAGGAUUUGAUGAGUUUUGAUGAAGAUUCAACCAAGACAUCCUUUAACGAAGGAAAUGAUAGCAUAGGAAGGAGGAAUGUGUGCCAUGAAGGUGAUCUCUUGAUGAAGGCUAACAUGGGCUUUGUAGAGCCACCUAAAGAUAACAUUCUCCAUCCAGAAUCAUCUGUGUGUAAUGUGGGUAUUGUGAAACGUAGAUGA